AAUAAAAUAAACAAGCUUUUAUAAACAUCAUUCGACCUGCAAUCAUCUUCUUCCCCAAAACGUGAGCUGAGAGGGUUAGGGUUUUGCAGAACCAGCCAUGUCAAAAUCCAAAUCAACCACCACCUGAUAAACCGCAAUCGCCGCUGCUCCACCGUCGAACCGAUGGGAUCGUCGUCGGCAUUCUUCGUGAUCUGUAUCCUUCAUUCGCUGAUCGCCAUAACCUGCGGUGCACUGAUGAUGUUCUACAUGAAGGAGGUAUACACCUUCGGGCACGGCGUGCAGACCGCGACGAAGCUCCUCGGCUCUACGCCGCACGAUCAGCUCCUCAUCAAGACCUCCGAUUCCUUCUCUGGAUUGCUUCUCGUUGCCAUAGGGUUCCUCCUCUUCAUGGUUUCCUUCGUCAAAGACCGUGACUUUCAGUCUUUCUUCGCCAAAGGUUGCAUGAUCCUGCACGUGUUCAUGGCCAUAUGGAGGAUCUACUUCGAGCGCAAGGUGGAGGAUCUCGCCUGGGAUUGGCUCCGGCAAACCGUCGGUGACAUUGUCUUGGCCCUUUCUUGGGUUUUCUUCCUCGUUUACUCUUGGAGAGAGAAGUAUGAUUGAUUAAUUUGAUUUAACAUCCACCUUUUUUGGUUUUUCCUCCCCUUCGAUUUGAAUGAAUUACUCUGUAAAAAAUCGGAUCUUACAUUUUUUUUCCCCUUCUGUUUCUUCUUUCGAUCGAAUUGAGUAAUUUAGACAUAGAUUAUAAGUUGUGAAUUGCAUUCCUGUGUGUUCUGUUACGGUGGGGGGAAAAAAAAAGGAAAAAUUCAAAUC